AACUCGCCUCCUCGAUCUUCUCUCUCUCCCGCUCACUCUUGCUACCUCCGCGCGCGCCUUGUGUUCGACCCACGUCAACCCAACCCAACCCAGCCUCUCGCCGCGGCGCGCGCGCGACGUCGCGCCAUGGGCAACGCUCUCACCGGCAAGCGGCGCGUGGCGAAGGUGAUGACGGUGGACGGCGCCACGUUCCGGUACAGGGCGCCGGCGACGGCGGGCGCGGCGCUGCGCGGGCACCCGGCCGGGCACCAGCUGCUCGAGUCGGAGGAGGUCCGUCGCCUCGGCGUGCGCGCCAGGCCGCUCGACCGCGACGCGCCGCUCAAGCCCGGCAAGCUCUACUUCCUCGUCCAGCUCCCCCGCGGCGCCGCCGGCUAUGGCGGCGACGACGACCCGCGGGCGCCGCGCAAGACGUGGUCGGGGGCGCUCCACGUGGGCGCGAGGGAGCGGCUGGAGAGCCUGAUGCUGUCGCGGCGCACCGUGUCGGACAUGGCGUCGGUGGUGCCGGCGGCGAGGGCGGUGGCCGGCGGCGGCGGCGAGCCGGCGCGGAGGCCGUCGUCCGUGGAGGUGGGCGUGGACGGCGCGGUGCGGCUGCGGAUGCGGCUGCCCAAGUCGGAGGUGGCGCGCCUGAUGAAGGACAGCAAGGACGCCGCCGAGGCCGCCGAGAGGAUCAUGCAGCUGUGCGUCGCCAGGGACCAGGGCGGCGCCGGCGCCGGCGCCGCCGUCACGCUCGCUGCCUCCGGCCCGGUGUCGGCGAUGUCGGGGAGGAAGACGUCGGCCAUGAAGAAAGAGAAGCGGACGAGGUUUGUGGCCUUGCCUGACGAGAUCAUCGGAUGACAAAAUGGGGCCAAAAUGUUAUUCUCUCUUCUUCUUUUUUUUUUUCUUUCUUCUUUGUUUGGCUUUUCAGCAAGAGGAAUUGCAGGGGCUUAGAACAUGAGAAGCCGCUCCUAACAUGGCUUCCUAUCUCUCCCCUACAAAUUCCUAACUUCUGAAUUAUUAGGCCAGUCGAUGUCGAUCAUCACCAUCCUCAUCUAGUAGGUAAUCAAGUUUUGUUUGUAAGUACCUAGUAGCUUAGCUAGUGAGAACAGAAGGUUAAAAAGGGGAAAAAAAAAACAGAGCUAGAAAUGUUUGCUGUGUACGUAGUGUGCCUUUGAUAGUUGAUAUGUAUGUAUGAUGGUGCUGUCAUCUGGAUAAAGAAACUACUUAAUUAGUCAAUUAACUUACUGCUUAAUUA